GUCAAUGAUGCCCCGAUUGCUCUCCCUUUUGAUGUGGUGAAUCAAGCGGCUGCGGAGAAUCGUUUCAUCCUGAUGGGCCGUCCGGUGAUGCCAAGGAGACAGAACAUGCGCUCGAUUGUAGCGGCGAUGCCUCGUUUGUGGGGCCAAGCCGGGUUGGUUCACGGAAGAAUUGUGGAAGGCAGACGAGUUCAGUUUGUCUUUCCUUCUGAGGAAUCCAUGGAAAUGGUUCUCCGCAAAGGACCAUGGGCUUUUGCUGAGCGAAUGAUGGUGAUACAGAGAUGGACUCCUCAUGGAUCUCUCGAUGCUGAUUGUCAGGAACUCACCAAGCUCUUAAAUGGAUCGACUCUCAACUUUGGUAUUCACAAUUGGCUGCGAGAAAUAAGAUAUUGGCAGAGCAAAUUCGAAGGAAUCCAGUUCCAAUGGGUGGAGAGAACACAUAACAAGGCUGCAGACCAACUUUCAAAGUUUAAAAUGCCUCGGAACAUUUCUUUUGUCUAUCAUCAUUAUGUUCCCCAUGUAUUAACAAACAUCCUCCAUGAGGAUUUCUGUAACAGUUCACUAUCAUAAGCUUAAUAUAUAAGAUGUUAAAAG